AGUUUAAAUAUUUCAUCGGGAGCGUCGCUUUCAUUCAGACAUAAAAGAGUGUUAGAGAAGGUACAGUUCAUCGCGAAGGUCCAUCUAACUCGUCGAAAAGGAGAUUUCUGCGACAAUGUCUGACGCACCCAAUCCACUGGACAUGAUGAUCAACGAGAUGAUUUCUCGCACUCCCGAGAAACGCAAAAUUUCUUUGCUCGGGAAAACAUUCUGGCAAUAUCCUACAGUUUUUGACUCAGAAUUUACGUAUCAAGGAUGCGAGUUUCUCGCGUUGGAGGUUUCUCAGAUCGUGAGGAAGGAGUUGUCGCAAAGGAAUGACCAGGAGGUAUUUGACAUGCUGGAGAUUGGCAGCGGCACAGGCCAUGCGUCUAUUGAAGUAGCUUUAAGCUUUGAUCAAUGCCGCAUAUGGGCAACCGACAUUAACCCUCAAGCUAUUGAAAAUACGCUAGAAAAUGCUAAACUCCACAGCGUCGCAGACCGAGUCCAAGCCUACCUCGGAGAUGUGUACGACGCUCCCCAAAUAAGAAACAAGCAGUUUGAUUUGAUAUUUUGGAGCUUUCCUUUUGUGCCAGCUUCAGGCCCGAACGGUGGUCAAGAAGGAGUUCACCUGGACCCCCUGGUGCGUGGUUUGGUAGACCCCGGUUAUAAUGGCUUGCGGGACUACCUCGCGGGUGCGAGGGCUCACCUCAAGAAAGAUGGUCGAAUUUUACUGGCGUUUUCCUUCGAACUUGGUUCAGAGCAUCUGCUAAAAAAGAUUAUGGAGGAAGUUGGGUGGAGCUACAAGGUGUUGGCCGAGGCGGAGGUAGAGCUUAGUUUUACAAUUUUUCCAAUGAGUAUGAAGAAUAAGGUUCAACUGUUGGAAGCCGUGUGCCAGUAAAACACAACUCAGUGUGAAGUGUUAUGAUCUGCAGGGGGUAUUUAGGCUAGAAAUAUUUGAAUGGACAGUAGAAUAUUAGUAUUCACAGUCUAGAUUAGAUCUAUGAGUAAUCAUCGACUCAUUUGAUAUGCUUGAUAACACCAGAGACAACGAGCUAGUUGACUAUCUGUUGUUGCUGCCGCUAAUAUCUUUGACUAGACAAGAGAAGAUUAUUAAAGAUGACUAGAGAUCUUUUCGCAAGAAACAAUGUCUCGAUGGGGCAAAUAGCUUUUAGAUCUUGCUCCUGAUAUAAGUGUUUGUCAUAGUAUUAAUGGUUUUAAAGAAACGACAAUAAAAUUAAAAUGAGUCUCCCA